AUGAGCCAGCGCGCGCUCGCUCUUCCAAUACGGACACUGUCCUCCCCACACCGAUUGCCCUCUCAAUGGAUAUGUCAGCGAUGUCUAUCGACUCAGACGGACACGCCGACCUCGCCUGUCUCGCCAGCAGAACAGGGUGUCACCGCUCCGAGCACAUACGACCCAACGCUGCCAUUCUCUCAGCGUGGUUACCCUUUAAACAAGACCGACUUCAAUCUGAAAAAGCCGUUGAAGCAAGCGAGAAUACCCGAAGCCCAUCUCCGUUACAGCACAUCUGAUCUCCUACAUCAGAAUGAAAAGGGACAAAGAGAGAAAGCGAUUCCUCACAAGAAAAUCGUGGGCGUUGUAGUCAGCGCCGGGAAGAUGCAAAGGACGGUCAGGGUGCGAGUGGCUGGCCAGAAAUGGAACAAGCGCAUUGGCAAGGUAAGGAUGUACUUUGUUAGAGCGUGGAACCUGGCCAAGCUCACAUGAACGCAGUAUUAUCGCAGCGAAGAGAACCAUCUUGUACACGACCCGAACUCGUCGCUGGUGCAAGGAGACGUGGUGGAGCUCCACCGAUUGCGCGUGGCUAAGACUGUAGGACAUGUGGUGGCAUCCAUCGUCUCUCCCUUCGGCGCACCCGUGGAAGCAAGACCACCGAUUCCAACACCGGACGAGAGGCUUGCAGCAUACAAAGCCAAGCGAUUCGACAAGCAGAAGAGGCGAGAACUGAGGGUAAAGGCUGCAGAAGGAGACGCGGAGGCGAUUCAGCAGCUGAAGGACAUGGCCUUAGAUCCUGGGUACGGCGCUGAGCCGGGCGUGGGAAAGAAGGACAAUGCGCAGGCAAAAGUUGGCAAGCAGCGGAAUCCUACCCCUGGUGCCAUUCUCGGCGAGAAGGGUCAGAAGCUGCCCGAAGGAGUGUUGCCGGGUGGCAAGCAUGCCACGGGCAAGAUCAAUGAACGUGCUCAGCAUAACAAGGGAAAGGCAGAGAGGUUCGAUCGGGCGGCUUGGGACAGGUUGGUGGAGGGGAAUGAACAGCAAGAAGAGUUGGACAGCCAGAACCUCAACUCGGGCGCUGUGUUGAAGUGA